AGCGGCUGGAGGGCGCGAGGAGGAGCGCGCGACCGAGUCCGGCGCAGCAUGACUGCCAUCGCCGUGCAGGCCCAGAGGCUGCUGGCCCAGAGGAGGCCCCGGCGGCCCUUCUUGGAAUCCUUCAUCCGGGCCCUCAUCAUUGUCUGCACUGCCCUGGCCUUGGUCCUCUCCUCCGUCUCCAUCUGCGAUGGCCACUGGCUGCUGGAUGGAGACCGCCUCUUCGGGCUCUGGCACUUCUGCACUUCCUCCAACCAGACGGGGACACAUUGUCUCAGAGACCUGAGUCAGGCGCAUGUGCCUGGGCUGGCCGUGGGCAUGGUCCUGGCCCGCAGUGUGGGCGCCUUGGCCGUGGUGGCUGCCAUUUUGGGCCUAGAGCUCCUCAUAGUGUCCCAGGUGUGUGAAGACCUCCACUCACGGCGCAAGUGGGCCAUGGGCUCUGUCGUCCUCCUCAUUUCCUUCAUCCUCUCCUCCGGGGGCCUCCUGAGUUUCGUGAUUCUCCUCUGGAACCAUGUCACACUCACUGGCUUCACCCUGAUGUUCUGGUGCGAGUUCACGGCCUCCUUCCUCUUCUUUCUGAAUGCCAUCAGUGGCCUGCACUUAAGCAGCAUCACCCACCCCUGGGGCCAACCAAGGAAAUUUUAGGCCCCCCUCCUAAAUCUGAGGACUUUGGUUUCUGCAAGAAAGUAUGGUCAAGAUGGGACUUUUCCAACAUGAGACCUCUGGUGGGGGUGAGGGGG